AUGGAGUUUGAGAAGGCGUGGGAGGACACGAACCCGCGGAAAGCCUAUGCUCUACUAAAACAGUAUAGCGGCAAAAUGAAAAGAUGUUCUCCUGUCCUCAACACUGCCAAUGGAGUAGCUGUCGGUGAAGCAACCCUUCCAAUUUGGAGGGAUCACUUCAAGAUCCUGCUUAACCGGCAAGCGCCUGACCAACCGGUCCUAAACUCGAGCACGUUCAUAGAACCAGCGUAUGCGGUCAGCGAGGAAUCGCCGACCGAGUCGGAGACUUUGGUCUAG